AUGGAGGCCUCUUGCCAAUCGCAAAGGAUGAUUCACCCACGAGGGUCGGCAAACGCCCGUUUUCCAUAUAUGUCAUCGAGGGGUCGAAAACUUGGCAAGAGAUCUGGCGUAGGGGUUGCAAACGCCCCUUUUCCAUAUAUGUCUUCGAAGGGUCGAUUUCAGAGAUCGGGAAAAAGGCCAGGUUUCCAAGUCAUGGUUUCGGGAAGCCAGCCCUUUUAUUUUAGGGCAAGGGAUUACGAGUCCUUUGGUCGGAAGAAGGCAAGCGUUAAGAUUCCAGAUGCAGGCGGGAAAGGGCUUCAAUUAGGUACCUGGGGUCCUCUACUGGGAAGUGGAUCUUCCCGUCGGUCUUGCUCUCAGGUUCGUAAAUACGGUACCGGAGCCGGUUUGCGAGUAGUGAUAGCCGUUAGGAGUCCAAAGAAGCGGUCAAGAGAUCGGAGUUGGUCUUACCAAUCG